AUGAAAAUUAAAAAUAUAAAAUUUAUUGUUUUAAGACCAAAAGACGUUCCGCAAAAUUUAGAAAUUGAUAUCAAUUGCAACGACCAAAUCAAAAACAUAAAAAACAAAUAUUUUGGAGAAUAUGUAAAAAAUGGCUUAAAUGUUAGGCUUAUAUAUAUGGGAAAAAUACUAGAUGAUAGUAAGAAAUUAGAAGAUUAUAUAAAUUGUUAUUAUAAAGAUUUGUUUUCAAGCAAUUCUCAAAAAUCUAAAGAAAACUCUAUACCCAUCAUCAUUCAUGUCAAAAUUACAGAAAAGUCACUAAUGUCAAAAAAUGACAACUUUGACAGUAAGCAAAUAAAUGGAGUACUAGCCAAGAUAGCACUACUGACAUUCGUGUCUCUACUUUGGAUAUACAGAUUUAAUUAUGUAGAUGGGUUUCCCAUAUUUUGUUUAAUAGUUUUAAUUAUGUUCACAAUUUUUAUAACAACAAGUUUGUUAUAUGGAUAUAUAAUUUUAUUUUUUCAAAUAUUGUUCAAAAUAUUUAUUACCAUAUUUUAUAAAAUAAAAGAAUAUACUAUACGUCUAUAUACAUAUAUUAAUGAGAAAGCAAAAAGGUUUUUACUAAUUAGAAAUAUUCCACAUAAUAAUACCAAUUAA